AUGCAGCGACUCUUCCCUCGAAGUGUGCUGGCGGCUGGGCUGCGAAGCGCUGCGGCGAAACGAACGACAUAUAGUCCAUGGACGGCGAAUGCUUCGAGGGCAUUCUCUUUGACGGAGCAGAUGCGGGAAGGAGACGAAAAGCAGAGAAAGUGGUCGACCCCGCUGGCGAAGAAGCUGGCUGAAGCCAUCUCGAUGACCGGCCCUGUUCCGCUUGCAAGUUACAUGCGCAUGUGCCUGACUGGAGAUAUCGACGGAUACUAUACGGGCUUGGCUGAGGAGAAUCGAGACCAAUUCGGAUUGAAGGGAGACUUCGUUACUUCUCCCGAGAUUUCUCAGAUAUUUGGCGAAUUGAUAGGCAUCUGGUUUGUGGCAGAAUGGCUUAGCCAGGGAAAACCCAAGAGAGGCGUGGAGCUCAUCGAGGUUGGCCCUGGACGUGGCACUUUGAUGGACGACAUGCUUCGUACAAUCCAGAACUUCAAGGAGAUGGCGUCGAGUAUCGACGCCAUUUAUAUGGUGGAGGCAAGUCCUCAGCUUCGGGAGACCCAGAAGAAUCUUCUCUGCGGCCCUGACGCGCCCAUGACCGAAUCCAAGGUUGGCUACCACAGCGUUUGCAAGUACACCAGUUUGCCUAUUGUUUGGACUGAGACUAUCAAAUCCAUACCAAGAGAUCCGGAGAAAAUGCCCUUUAUCGUGGCACACGAGUUUUUCGACGCUCUCCCCAUUCAUGCCUUCCAGACAGUCACUGUCCAGCCCCCUCCCAAUGAGCCAACAACAGGCAAAGGAGUCUCGCCUGAAGCACGGGAGCUCGAGAAACCCAAGGUCGAGUGGCGAGAGAUGUUGGUAUCUCCUACUCCGCCCGACGCCACGCAUGCCACCAUGAACAUCCCCAAGUCGGAGCAGGGAGAUCCCAUCCCGGAUUUCCAAAUGACCCUCUCCUCAGGCCCAACCCGCCACUCCAAACUUCUCCCUGGGAGCUCCUCGAGAUACAGUCGCCUCAAGUCCAUUCCCAACGCCGUCGCGGAGAUUUGUCCUGACGCCUCGCUGUACUCGGCAGACUUUGCCAGUCGCAUCGGUGGCUCAAAGCAGUUUCCCAAAUCGCGCCCCUCCGGCGCCGCGCUCAUUCUAGACUACGGCACCUCCGCAACCGUCCCGGUCAACUCGCUGCGCGGAAUUCGUCGUCAUCGCCGGGUCAGCCCCUUCUCUGAGCCGGGCUUGGUCGAUCUCAGUGCGGACGUGGACUUCACUUCCAUUGCCGAAACGGCGACACGCUCGAGUGAAGGAAUUGAGGUUCAUGGGCCUGUUGACCAGGGUGCUUUCCUCAGCCAGAUGGGUAUCAAGGAACGAGCAGAGGUGCUCAUGAAGCAGGCAAAGGCAAGAUCGGCCAGCGACAAGGCUCAAGAUAUUGAGAAGGCCUGGAAGCGUCUCGUCGAUCGAGGACCCGGAGGAAUGGGCAAGGUUUAUAAGGCUAUGGCGAUCUUGCCUGAGAACGAGGGAAGAAGGCGACCUGUUGGUUUUGGUGGCGACGUAUAA